AUGUUUCAUAAAUUUCAAUCCAGUUCAUUUUUGUUGUUCAGAACGAAUUAUAAAAUGUUAAAAUGUAAUGCUUCGUCGUUAGAUGGUAAAAUGAUGAACAAAGUUAUGGGCCUUAGUCGGAAAACCAAAAAGGUUUGGUACAAACCAAAUGUUGGGGCAAAUCCUUCAUUUGAAGAGCUAAUGAAACAAACAACAAAAAACAAUGCUGGACGUCAGACUAGUAAGCGUUUGGCCGUUCUAAAUAAGUUAUUAAUGAAAAAUAUAACUGAUUUAAUGGCAACCGGUGAAAACUCUGAUAAACUCAUUGGAUAUAGUCUAGAAAUUUCAAAGGUUUGUAUUGCAGGGGAUUACAGAUCUGUUAAUGUAUAUUGGAUGGCUGGGAAAUCUGAAGACGAUUCCUUAUUAGAUGAAUUAUUGCAGUCGAUAAGCGGUCCAUUGAGGCAUGAAUUAUCCAUAUUAAGAAUCAUGGGCGAAAUUCCAAAAAUACAGUUUAUUAAAGAUAAGACUUAUGCAAACAUAGCAGCAGUUGAUCGGUUAUUAAGUAAAGCAGACUUUGGUGAAGAUUUUGUACCUACUUGCAAUGUUUUAUUAAACCGUCACCCUACAAUUUAUACCAAUAUUGAUCCAGAGAUCAAAGAAAAAAUUAAAGAAUUAGAGGACAAAGAAAAUCUAAAAGAUGAAAGUAAUGAUGAGGUAAAAAUUCCUGAAAUGAAGAUGGAUGUAAUGGGUCUUGAUCAUAGUGCAAUAAUGGCUAGAUUGAACACGGCCAUCUUAAAGUCAAAAGCUGCUCAUCGUCAACCAUCUGCUGUACAUAAUGUUAUGAAUAAUACUAUAACAGAAAAUACUGAAGAAACUCAGUAUUUGUCAUUCACUGAUUUUGUAAAAAAAAGAAAAAUUCAAGAAGCCAAAUCUUUAGGUAGAAGGAGGAGUAGGUCGAUUGAGAAAGAAAUGUAUGAUAAAGAUGUAUCAUCGCAUUAUGAAGAAGAAGAAGAUGAUGAAAUUGAUGAAUAUCCAUUUAAAAUUUAA